GAAUCUGGGUAUAUGAAAACUAUUUGUGGAUUUUGAGUAAAUCCUGUUUCUUUGUUCAUAUUUUUACAAUACUGACUUUCAACUUAACAGCCCCUGGCUUGGGUGGGGUACAUUGCGUAAUGUAAAAUACACCACAGUUCAGUGGAGCAGAGUUCAGCUUUCUUUAGUUAAUUUUUUUUUUUUUUUUUUUUACAGUCAGGUCAAGGCAGCCUCUUCCUCUGACAAACAGGAAUCAUGGAGCUGGGACAGCGUCUCUCUGUUUACGUCCUGCUGGUACUUUGUGCGACAAGCAGUGUAAAUGGAGGUAACAUUUUGGUGUGGUACACUGAAGGCAGCCACUGGAUUAACAUGAAGCCUGUGCUGGAGACCCUGAUCGACAGAGGACACCAGGUGACGGUUCUGGUGCCAAGCACCUCAAUGUUUAUGAACACCAGUGAGUCGUCCCGCUUUCGCUAUGAAUCAUUCAACGUCUCUGUGUCAAUGGAGACCGUGGAAAAGUUCAUGGAGGACUUCCUUCAAUUCACCAUAUAUGAAAUGGAUCAUAUGAGCUACUUGCAGAUUUACAUCAGAUUCAUGGCUAUGAUGAAGCUCAAUAUGCAGAAUUCUUUAAAGUAUUUGGAUGGUGUGCUGAAAUCAGACACCAUCAUGAAGAGGCUGAAGGAGGGAAAAUAUGACCUUCUCCUGGCUGAUCCUGUCUACCCUGGUAGUGACCUAACAGCAGAGAUUUUGGGCAUCCCCCUCGUCUUCUCCCUGCGCUUUUCCCUUGCGCAUAACUGGGAGAGGUAUUGUGGUCAGCUACCUGCUCCACCUUCCUUUGUCCCUGGUGCUAUGAGCAAACUGACUGACAACAUGGACUUCUCUGAGAGAGUGUGGAACUUCCUCUUCUAUGCACUGCAGGAUGCUGUGUUAAGUAACGUUUAUUGGAAGGAAGUAGAUAAGUAUUAUUCUGAAAUCAAAGGGAACAUUUUGGUGUGGUACACUGACGGCAGCCACUGGAUUAACAUGAAGCCUGUGCUGGAGACCCUGAUCGACAGAGGACACCAGGUGACGGUUCUGGUCCCCAGUGUUUCGAUGUUCAUGAACACCAAUGAGCCUGUCCGCAUUCGCUACGAACCGUUCAAUGUCUCCUUCUCUAUGGAGACCAUGAAGAAGGUUCUGGAUGACUUCUUUCAAUUCUCCAUAUACGAGAUCGAUCAUAUGAGCUACUUGCAGGUUUACAUCAAAUACAUGGAUAUGAUGAAGCUCAAUAUGAAGUACCAGUUGAAGUAUUUGGAUGGUGUGCUGAAAUCAGACACCAUCAUGAAGAGGCUGAAGGAGGGGAAAUAUGACCUUCUCCUGGCUGAUCCCAUCUACCCAGGCAGUGACCUAACAGCAGAGAUUUUGGGCAUCCCCCUCAUCUUCUCCCUGCGCUUUUCCCUUGCCCAUAACUGGGAGAGGUAUUGUGGUCAGCUACCUGCUCCACCUUCCUUUGUCCCCAGCACGAUGAGCAAACUGACCGAUAACAUGAACUUCUUUGAGAGAGUGUGGAACUUCCUCUUCUAUGCACUGCAGGAUUUUGCAGUAGGUAAUAUUUUUUGGAAAGAAGUAGAUAAGUAUUACUCUGAAAUCAAAGGAACUCCCACCAGUGCCUGUGAGAUGAUGGGUAGAGCAGACAUCUGGUUGUUGCGGACCUACUGGGAUUUUGACUUCCCUCGUCCUUUCCUCCCCAACUUCAAAUUUGUUGGUGGGAUCCACUGCCGACCUGCUAAACCUUUACCAAAGGAUAUGGAAGAGUUUGUGCAGAGUUCAGGAGACGCUGGUGUCGUGGUCUUCACUUUGGGAUCAUUCAUCAAGAACAUCACCAGAGAGAAGGGAAAUAUGAUCGCCUCGGCCCUCGCUCAGAUCCCACAGAAGGUGUUGUGGAGGUACAGUGGAGAAAAACCAGAGACUCUGGGUGCCAACACCAGAAUAUACAACUGGAUCCCUCAGAAUGACAUACUGGGUCAUCCCAAGACCAGAGCUUUCAUCACCCAUGGUGGUGCAAAUGGGAUAUAUGAGGCCAUCUACCACGGUGUUCCCAUGGUGGGCAUCCCCUUGUUUGGUGACCAGCCAGAUAACUUGGUCCAUAUGAAGGCUAGGGGAGCUGCAAUUAUCGUAGACUUGAACUUCAUGAAAACAGAGGACCUCAGAGAUGCAAUCAGUGCUGUCAUCAAUGAGAAAUCGUAUAAGGAGAAUGCCAUGCGGCUGUCCAGUAUCCACCAUGACAGGCCCAUGAGCCCUCUAGAUGAGGUCGUAUUCUGGAUAGAGUUCACCAUGAGACACAAGGGGGCCAAGCACCUGAGGGUCCAGGCCCAUGAGCUCACCUGGUACCAGUAUCACAGUCUGGAUGUCCUGGUCUUCCUCCUUGCCAUCGUUCUGUCCCUCAUAUUCCUCUUCAUCAAGUCCUGCACUUUCUGCUUCCAGAGGUGCUGUGGCAGAAAGGGAAAGACAAAGAGAAAGGCUGAGUGACUGAGUCAAUUGAAAUGUAACUUGUAAAGAAUUACUGGCUGAUAAAACAGAAUUUGUAGCUUGGGACGAGACAUUGGAUCUACAACAACUAAGAAGGCAAGAUAUUCAUCAUCUGACAUUCAUCUGUUUACAGUGUCCAGUAUUAUUGUGACCUCCUGUUGGAGCAGUCACUUGCAUUUGUUUUGUCUUGUCUAAAAACCUAAUCAAACAACUAAACUGUUAACAACUAAAUAGACAAACAUCAUGCAUUUGCUUUCCUGUAUGUGUGGACAUUCUUCCUGUUUGCUCCUUCACACUGGUAGACUCUGGGAUGCCCCUAUAAUAAAGUGCCUCUACAGUAGCCCAGGAUGGAAGAAAAUGUGAUGAAGUGCCCUCUAAUCUGUCUUCUUCAGCUGGAGAAAAAGCAAUGCAGUACCCUUUAGGGUUCCAGUGAAUUAAAUGCGAUAAACUGACCUUACAAACGGAAAAAAAUGCACAGCAGUGCCAUAAAGGCUGCACUACAUAGUAGAAAAUUAGUUGGUCUCCACAUGCUUCUAAAUGCUUAAUCAGUUAUUCGCACCCUGUGGUAGUAGUUAUACUUUAAAUCUGAGUGACAUAAUAAAAACAUUUUAAUCUUAAGCUUGUUUAUAAAUGCAUCAGGAAUUCCUGUAUACUGAAUUCUGUAUACUCAAUGCAGCUGCCCCUCAGACAGACUGAGUGAUAGUAUGCACAUUUAAAGUUGAUUUCCAAUGCACAAAUAAACGCAAAGAAGAAAAAGAAUAAGAAGAACAAGCACAGUAUGCUGCUGUUGCACUCAUGAUGUCUGAACUAUUGCAUCUGGGUAGCGCCAGUGAAUAAACUAAAGAGACAAA